UUAAUCUGGCAGCAGCUACACUGUCCCAUGGCUUUCCUGGAGGAUGGGAACCACACUGCAGUGACAGAGUUCAUUUUAUUGGGAUUAACAGAUGACCCAGUUCUUACAGUUGUCCUCUUCACCAUCAUCCUGUGCAUCUACCUGGUGACUGUGUCUGGGAACCUCAGCACCAUCCUUCUCAUCAGAGUCUCUUCCCAGCUCCAUCACCCCAUGUACUUUUUUCUCAGCCACUUGGGUUCUGCUGACAUAGGCUACUCAUCUUCUGUCACACCCAAUAUGCUUGCCAAUUUCCUUAUAAAGCAAAAUACCAUCUCCUACCUUGGAUGUUCUAUUCAGUUUGGCUCAGCUGCUUUCUUUGGGGGACUUGAAUGCUUCCUUCUGGCUGCCAUGGCUUAUGAUCGCUUUGUAGCAAUUUGCAACCCACUGCUUUAUUCCAUCAAAAUGUCCAAACAAGUCUGUAUCCAGUUGGUUAUAGGAUCUUAUAUAGGGGGAUUUCUUAAUGCCACCUUCUUUACCCUUUCCUUCUUUUCCUUGUUCUUCUGUGGACCAAAUAUAAUCAAUCACUUUUACUGUGAUUUUGCUCCUUUAGUAGAACUUUCCUGUUCUGAUGUCAGUGUCCCUGUAGUUGUUACCUCAUUUUCUGCUGCCUCAGUUACUAUGUUCACAGUGUUUAUCAUAGUCAUCUCCUACACCUACAUCCUCAUCACCAUCCUGAAGAUGCGCUCCACUGAGGGUCGACAGAAAGCCUUCUCCACCUGCACCUCCCACCUCACUGCAGUCACUCUGUUCUAUGGAACCAUUACCUUCAUUUAUGUGAUGCCCAAGUCUAGCUACUCCACAGACCAGAACAAGGUGGUGUCUGUGUUCUACAUGGUGGUGAUCCCCAUGUUGAACCCCCUCAUCUACAGCCUUAGGAAUAAUGAGAUUAAGGGUGCUCUGAAGAGACAGCUUGGUAAGAAAAUGUAUUCUCAGAGUAAUAUAUUGUUUUGUAAAGCUUAGUAUAAUAAUGUCAGUUACCUAAGACCAAUGGGACCAUCAUCUGUUUGGUUUGGUUAUUCACCUUCUUG